AUGGUGUUCGUGGUUAUCAAGGCAGCCAACGGAGCCGUGGAGGACUUCCGGGUGAACGGGGCCGAGUCUGAAUGGACGGUGGCGGAGCUGAAGAACUACCUGUACCGUCACUAUCCGACUCACCCGCCGGUGCCCAGUCAGAAGCUCAUAUACAGAGGCCAACUGCUGCGGAACACUCAACAGCUUUCAGACGUAGCCAAAGACUCUGAGGUAAGGCUCUGCCACUGUGCAAACUUGAAUGACAAAGAUAAAAUCGUUGGUAAAACGCUCUCCUUCUCUGCUCCGCAGCAGGUGGUGAUUCAUCUGGUGGCGUAUGAGAGAUCUGCCUCAGCACCAGUUGUCAGGAGAGAGGGGGAGAGGAGGGAGGAAGGGGAGAGAGGUGAGCAGGUAACAGCUCCUACCCUGUCACCAGACACAUCCACAGGUCAAGGAAGACAGCCUCAGUCAGUUGCAGCAGCUCCCCCAGGCCACACCCCUCAUCCCGGGCUCCGCUACAGACCACACCCACAACACAUGCAAUGGUUUCCUGGAGGUCCCGCCCCUCUGGCAUUUCCUGUGGGCGGAGCCUACCCUUACCCUCCUUUCUACAUGCCUCACAUGGCUCCGCCCUAUGCUGCUGGAUUUGGCCCCGCCCACCAGCUACAACAGUGGUACCAAGCCUACUAUGGAAGGCCGGGUGCGGUGGGCGGGGCGGGAGGCGAGGUGGGCGGAGGAGGAGAAGGGGAGGAAAUAGACCUUCCUAAUAUUCCAGAGCAGCCGGAGAACCCUGACUUGGAGCAGGACGAUCUGCCCAUGAACGCAGGAGCUGCAGGUGGUAUGAUGUUGGCUGGGCCUCAGCUCCCGGCCAGGAGAGACAUGGUGGACUACAGCUACAUGCUCCUCAUGGCCACUGUGCUUGUCUCAAUCGCCUACUUCACCAGUUCUUUUGGGAGAAUCAUCCUCUUCAUCGCUGGAGUCCUCUUCAUGUUCCUGAACCAGGCUGGCUUUUUCUCGUUGCAGCGGAGACCAAGGAAUGCUGCAGGUGCACCAAGAGGACCUGAUGAUCUUCCUGAUCCCUUGGAUCGCCACAGAGCAAGACAAGAGGCAGAGGAGGAGGGGGAGAGGGAGGGAGAAGGAGAGCGGACCCUGGCAGGGGAGAGGGAGGGAGAAGGAGAGCGGACCCUGACAGGGGCGGGAGAGACACCUCAAGGAGAUCAGGGUGAUGACACGCCUGAUGGGACUGGUGUGAGUUCUGACUCUGCCCCUCCUGCCCCGCCCACCCUACCCAGACCUGGAAUACUGACUGUUGCGUUCACCUUUGUCACAACACUCUUCACAUCCCUUUUACCUCAGCAGCAACCAGAACUCUAAUUAUAUAUACCCUUUAGACUGUUCCUUUGAUCAUAGUUGUUUACCGCGUAGCUUUGGUGUCGUUUUAUGAUUUCAUGUGUCAGUUGUAAUUCUAUCAAUGUGAGUACGCUCUGGAGUACACUAAAAUGUAUUCAUGGUCCAAUUAACUUUGUUUUGGGGC